AACAAAACAGUUUUAUCGUUUUACUAUAAAAUGUUUAUACUAAGGUGUACAAUUAGUGUUAAUUUACUGUGUCUUUUGCUAGUUGUAUGUACUAAUCAUGCUGAUGCAACAAAACAAGUCGAAGCAAAUCCUGAUGCUAAACGUUUAUACGACGACCUCCUUAGUAACUACAAUAGACUCAUACGUCCUGUUGUUAAUAACUCAGAAACCCUGACGGUUUACUUGGGAUUGAAAUUGUCUCAGUUAAUUGAAAUGAAUUUGAAGAAUCAAAUAAUGACGACAAACCUAUGGGUGGUUCAGAAAUGGGUAGAUUACAAACUGACAUGGGAUCCUGAGGAGUAUGGAGGGGUGGAGAUGCUAUAUGUCCCAUCUGAACAUAUCUGGUUACCGGAUAUAGUUCUUUUCAACAACGCGGACGGUAACUACGAAGUAACUUUAAUGACGAAAGCCACCUUGUCAUACAAGGGUGAAGUGGUAUGGAAGCCACCUUCGAUUUACAAGUCGUCCUGCGAAAUAAACGUCCAAUACUUCCCGUUCGACGAGCAGAGCUGUCUCAUGAAAUUUGGAUCGUGGACGUACAAUGGCUUACAGGUGGAUCUGAAACAUAUAAACCAGGUCACCGGAAGUAAUAUCGUGAAAACUGGGAUUGAUUUAUCUGAGUUUUACCUCUCAGUCGAAUGGGAUAUUCUAGCCGUGCCGGCAACUAGGAAUGAGGAAUACUAUCCCUGCUGCAAAGAACCUUAUUCCGAUAUAACAUUCAAAAUUACGAUGCGAAGGAAAACACUGUUUUACACAGUGAACUUGAUUAUCCCGUGUGUUGGGAUUACUUUCUUGACGGUCCUCGUAUUUUAUUUGCCGUCUGAUUCAGGGGAAAAAGUCAGUUUGUGUGUAUCAAUUCUUGUAUCGCUAACUGUGUUCUUUCUACUACUUGCGGAAAUCAUUCCGCCCACAUCGUUAGCAGUUCCCUUACUGGGAAAAUAUCUUCUCUUCACCAUGAUCAUCACCACUUCAACGAUAUGGAUCACAGUCUGUGUACUCAACGUCCACUUCAGGUCCCCCAGUACCCAUAAAAUGUCCCCACUUUUCCGAAAAAUAUUUCUUGAAUUUAUGCCAAAGAUGCUAAUUAUGAGAAGAACGAAAUAUAGCAUUCCAGAAUAUGACGAUACCCUACCACCCAGGGGUUUCACCACUGCCGACAUGGAAAUAUAUCAAUCAGGAAUUUCCGAUCCGUUUACCACCGAUUUCAAAGUGACCACGAUGGAACCUAGUUUUGUUCUACAAAAUCAAGACCAAGAUGAUCUUAAAAUGAAAGCCCACACAUCACAUUCAACUACUUAUACCCCAAAAGUACUAUCCCCGAACGUCUUACAAGCUCUACAGGGUGUUCGAUUCAUUGCUCAACAUAUUCGGGAUGCUGAUAAAGAUAAUGAGAUUGUCGAAGAUUGGAAAUUCGUAUCAAUGGUUUUGGAUCGGUUUUUCCUUUGGGUAUAUACCAUUGCUUGUUUUGUCGGCACGGCUGGUAUAAUAAUGCAAGCACCUUCUUUAUAUGAUACCAGAAAGCCCGUCGAUCAAGAACUAAGCGGAAUAUCGUUACUAAAAAGCAUGACAUUACCGCCCAAUAUUUACGUUCCUAAACAGUAAACGAAAUUGUUUAAUAAAAAUGAUAUUUUAGUAGUUAAAUGCAACGGUUUUAUUGAGUAAAGAUAUAUUACAUUCUUGGCUGACAAUUUAUCGAAAAUAGUGGAUCGUAAUUUCGGUCUUAUUAGUCUCAUUAGCAGGGCCGUAGCGAGGCCGGUUCAAGCGGUGCGGCGCAUCGGGGCCUCCGCAGUCGAGGGGCCCCU